AUGGCACUACGUUACACAUUACCGUACGUUGUUGGUCAGUCCAAAAUGCGACAUAGCGAGUGGUUUCGAUCAGCACUUCUCCGAGCUGUUUGCUACUGUUCAUCAGCUGAAGACUUUCAUCAGGAACGCAUCUAUCCUGAAUUAACGUAUCUGGUCAAUGGCUAUUCAUUUUACUUUGUUGAAAGUCAUGUACAACACUUCUUCGACUACUUCGAGUUACAAAUGCAGCGCUCAACACAACUUCAAGAAUUGAAUGAUAACAACCAAGUGGCUCGCUUCAACUAUUACUAUAAUUACUGGCCGCGGUGUGAAUUCAAUCGAUACUUUCAUGAACUGUGGUCAAGGCAUUUCGCCUCACAUCCGACACUGCGAUGA